AUGCUUAUCAAGUCUCUCCUUGCCAUUUCUGCCACGGCGACCACUGUCAUAGCUGGCGAGAACAACAUCAAGUUCCUCUACACAAGCUCCUCCUUUAACGGCAUCCAUGACUCCGGUAGCGGCCACAUCGCCGGCUUCACCCUCUUCGACAACGACAACAAUAUCCUCUUCCAAAGCGCAAACCCUAUCGGCUACGCUCCCUGCAUGAGGGACACCAACCACCUCCAGAUAACUUCGGACUGCUGGGAGGGAACCUACGACUUCAGUUGCGGGUCCUCCUUCAGCGGCAUGCCCGGAGCAUGCAGCGUGUACGCCCCUGAUAAAUCAGAGACUAAGGGAGAGGUGGACAAGGACUUAACCUUCAUCGGCAUUGCCUCCGGCGAGGACGGCACCUGCAGUGGCACCAUUACUACUCAAAGUGAUGGCGAGUGCACGAAGGAUAGCCUUGUGAAGAUCGAGCGACGCUACACCGGAAAGUAUGCUGGUGACGACUAA